AUGCAUUUCACACAGUCUGUUGCACUCAUUGUCCAGGCACUACUCGUCAGGAGUGCUCCCACAUCACCUCUAUCGCGGAGAGGCCUGACCAAUGAUGCAAGCGCAGUCGCUGGAGAGUCGUCCGACUAUGCGAUCUGCGGCGGCGGUCUCACUGGAUUGACAGUGGCUAGCAAACUGACUGAGGAUCCCAACAUUAGCGUACUGGUGAUCGAAGCUGGCGAAGACCGCCAUGAGGAUCCUCGAGUCAAUGAUGUCCGGACAUAUGGUCAGGCGUUUCAGACAGAGCUGGAUUGGAACAUCACCUCUGCUCCUGUGGUAUGGCAGAAUGAUACCAGCUUACCGUUGGUCGCUGGUAGGAUGCUUGGCGGAAGUGGUAGUCUCAAUGGUGCAAGCUGGACCAAAGGACCAAGUUCGCAGUAUGAUCUCCUGCCGAUGCUAACCGGAGAUGACAGCUGGAGUUGGAAGAAUUUCAAUCAAUAUAUGCUUGAGGCAGAGCACUUCAACCGGCCAGACGAAGACGAUACAGGCAAAGGAGCAGAUCACACACCACAAUCUCACGGCCAUGAGGGCGAGGUCGAGGUCUCUUUCGCGCGUGGGAUGUAUGAUUCGCCGCAGCCGGCGGCACUGCAAGUAUCCCAGAAGGUCUGUAUGUUGGGUCCGGACGAAUCUCAAAACCGUUCAUCGCCUUCCACGGCCUUCGCAGAGCAUCAAGUGCAGGAACGCAGCAAUUCCAUAAUCUUGACAGGUCAUCGAGUUCUGAAUAUCAAUUGGAAAGACUGCGAUGGUAUAAUUGCUAGUGGCGUCAACUUCCAGGCGAGCAAGAACGGCGACAUACAUUCCGCUACUGCUAAGCGAGAGGUCCUGCUCGCUGCAGGCUCUUUACAGAGCCCACAAAUCCUCGAGUUGUCUGGCGUGGGCGAUUCAGAUGUGCUCGCUGCAGCAGGUGUAACCCUGAAGGUGGCAGCUCCCGGCGUAGGCAAACAUAUGCCGGAGCAGACCAAGAACUCACUAUACUACGAUGCUAAGGACCUUGCACUCACCGGCACUGGUCCACCAUCUGCUAUAGCUUUCCCGAACAUUCACCAGCUGCUCAUGGACGAUGCUGCCACAAUGUAUGACACAACAAUGGCCAACAUCGCGACGCACGCCGCCGAUCUGGAGCUAAAAGGUUCAGUGGUUGACGCCGCAGCGACCCAAGCUGUCCUCGAGGCACAAGUCAAGAAUCUGUUCGAAGAUAAUGCGCCAGCAGCCGAGAUAUUCUUCACAGUCUUCCCGAGCGAGAAGCAGAUUGGCAUUGAUCUUUGGAACCUGAUCGUCCUAUCCCGAGGCACAUGUCACAUCAAGUCAAACGACUCUUGGGAUCGACCUACUGUUGAGCCGGCAUACUUUGGGCAUCCGCAGGAUCUGGCUAUACAGGUCGCUGCGAGCAAGCAGAGUAGAGAGGUCUAUUAG